GCCAAAGCUAAAAAUGAUAUGGGAUUUUGUGCCCGCAAAAGCACGAACACAGCCAUAACUAAAGCCAAGCGCUAGACAAACCAUACCAAAUUCCGAGGACUGUAUGCCAAGAUUUGGGACAAUUUUGUAGCAGGUCUUAAAUGGGUUAUUGGAGAUGGCAAGUCAAUCUCAUUCUGGUAUGAUAUAGGUCCCCAUGCUCAGUGUUGCUCAAUGCAUUGCCGUGAUUUGGCCUCCAUGUGGAUUAAACGGUGAAGACAAAGUCAUAUGGAGCAUAUUAAGAUUUUCUAUUUAAGAUGCCACAAUAUUCUUUGAGUGCAAUUGACAAGACUAUCCUUUAGUUUAUAUCAAGCUUUCUUCAGAAUAUGCAGAUAAAUUUGUUUUGUUUCUCCUUUUGUUACAAAGUCGUCUUGUAGUUUGAUAUAAAAAGAGGACACCGUGUUGGAGCCUUAAAGGGAGGAUUCCUGGUUGUCCUCGACCUAGACCUAGAUUUGGAGUAAGAGAGAGAAAGAGAGAUGCCGAAGAGAACAACGCACACGUACUCAAGCGAGAACGCAGUUCCCGAAGGACCAGACUCCGAACUCUUCGUCUACUACUGCAAGCAUUGUGGCUCUCACCUCCUCAUCACUGAUAACCAAUUGCAGAAAAUGCCGAAAAGGAAGACUGAUAGAGCUUAUGUAUUAGACAAGAAGAAACAUCUUGCAAGGCUCCAUAUGAAUGAGGCUGGAAAAGUUCUCCUGAAAAGAGGUGAAGGAAAAUUUGAGAAGCAAUUUCGCAUGAACUGCAUGGGCUGUGGGCUGUUUGUUUGCUAUCGAGCUGAAGAAGAUCUGGAAUCUGCUUCUUUUAUAUAUGUUGUUGAUGGUGCACUUAGCACAGUUGCCGCCGAAACUAACCCUCAGGAUGCUCCUGUGCCCCCUUGCAUAUCACAAUUAGGAGGACUUGUGCAGGUGGCCAUUGAGGUUGAAGACCGUGCACAAAGAUCAGCAAUAACAAGAGUGAAUGCUGAUGAUGUUCGAGUCACUGUAGCUGCCCCCGCUGCCCGUGGCGAAGCUAACAACGAACUUUUGGAAUUUGUGGGCAAGGUGUUAGGUCUGAAACUGAGCCAGAUGACUCUUCAAAGAGGAUGGAAUAACAAAUCAAAGCUGCUUGUUGUGGAGGAUCUGUCUGCUAGACAGGUGUACGAGAAACUACUGGAAGCAGCACAACCUUGAAGCAGCUGUAUUUUUAAUACAACAUAGAUUCGAAUUGUUUCAGCAAUUUCUUUUUAUGUCUGGUUAAUUUGUAAUGGUGUUUUUACUUCUAUACCUAAAACACUUAAAACAGACUUAUAAGAACAUUAAAGUAUUUUUAUAUGACUCA